GAGGCUGCGGACUAUCCGAGUAGCCUGGACAGGAGCUGGGUUAUGGGAGAAAAUACCAAGAUCAUCUCACCUCCAAAUGGACGUCUAGACUUCGAUCUACUAUGGGACUCGUGUUGCUGGGUACAUAGUCUGCAGAACUACGCCCCACCAAAGAGCUGGGACUUCGUCAUGUCUGUAAACCUCACGGUACGGAACGACACUGGAGCCAUAAACCACGCCCCUAUCACCACUGGUCUACCUGUACAGAGGAUCAAUAAGGGGUGCACAAGGGCAGUUCUUAAUAUACCAACUUAUGAUGCAGAUGGUGAUGAUGUAGAAUGUCGCUGGGUCGACGGCACCAGAGACGUGUCCGAGUGCAGGAGUAAUUGUGAUGCCUGGCCACGUUCACAGUGGGUUCUUCAGAAUCGGCCACAAGGAUGUCGCCUCAUCCUCCCACGACUUCGCACCAUGGAUGCAGGAUGGUAUGCAGUGGCCAUCAUGAUCGAGGACUCCUCGAACGGCGUCGUCCACAGCAAGGUCCCUUUCCAGUUCAUGCUGGAGGUCACCGGUGAUAUGACCUGUUCGAAGCCCAUCAUCAUCGGGCCGUUGGCGGAUUCCUGCUGGAUCCUUAGGGUGGGACAGACGUUUCGAUUCAACGUAACCGCACAGACCCCGACGAACGAAACGAGCAUCCGACAGAUUGCCACGACCAGUGUGCGAGGAAUGCAGAAGAGCCCUCUACGACGGAUUCCAACAAACCCUCUAAUGGCUUAUGUAACAAUGUCUUGGACACCCACUGAUGAAGACAGAGGCGUGGCUCUAUUCUGCUUCCAACCAGAGGAUAAUAAUGGAUUGCAAGGAAAUCAAAGGUGUAUUGACAUUUCUGUAGGAGAUGAGCGUGCUCCGGUGCCUAGUCCUUUGUUCUCCUUCCCUGCCGCCGGUUUUCCUGUUCGUCCAGAAGGGACAGCUUUUGAGAUAGUCUUUGACGAUCUGAUAACCCGCCCUCAACAUACAACCGAGAUUCAAAUCCUUCGAGCCGACGACAAAUCCUUGGUCCAUGAGGUCAAGGUCGAACCCCAACCGGGCGACAAUCUCAUCUAUGACUACGACGCCAUCUUGUUUAGCAUUCCUUAUGGUCUUCUGGUCGAAGGCACCAACUACACUCUUAGCCUGCCGGAAGGUCUGGCGAGGGGGUACAGCAGCUGCGAGCCCUGGUCCAAGGCGGCCUCGUGGGAUUUCUACGUAGGAUCAGAUUUGAGAGGAACUACCCGACCUCCAAGCGAGCGUUUCCUUCCACGUCCGCAGUGCUUUGGGACCUUCAUGCAAAUAUUCAUCCCGAAGACAAUCGUUCCGUUUGAGGACCCGAACAACAUGCACUUCAACGAGCCAACGUGUGUUGGGCGGGAUCAUAACGGCACGCAUUUCGUAAUGGGGACACACUACCAAUAUUGCGGAACGCACAUCGAUUCAGGACGUGGCAAGUCAAUAAUAUCAAACACCAUUCGGAUACCCACUAUGACAAUACCCGGACACCCGGCGGUUACCCGACAUAACGCCACGGCGAUCAACGUCAUCUGCGAAAUGGAGAAGGAUAAGGUUACGUUUGUCGAGUUCGAUGCGGAUCUACCCGCAGUGGUUUAUAACCGAACCGGUCAUGGCGCGUUCAAUUUCUCAUUGAAGAUGUAUGAGGAUGCAUCUUAUGACAGAAAAUACGGAUAUUCCGACUAUCCUCUUGAAGUCGAUCUUGAUGAUCGGCUAUUCUUCGAGGCAAAGGUCCUCCUACCGGAUGACAAUACGUUACCAGGGCAACGCAUUUUCUUGAGGUCUUGUGAAGCCACGCCCACUCCUAAUCCGGCUGACCGGUUGUAUUACCGCUUUAUAGAAAACGAUUGUGCUCUGGACCAUACAAUCCAAUUCGGACUACAAGGACGCCUGAAGACACGGUUCUCCAUUCAAUCUAUAGCCUUCAUGGGACACUUCAUGAGCGAGUCGAUCUUUGUACAUUGUGAAAUACAACUUCAGGACAACGCGAGCGAACGUUACUGUCCACUUUACAGUAUGCCGACCAAUAGAAAGCGUCGUUUUGCGGAUACAUACAGCCUAUCGCACGCUCUCUUUGGUACAGAUGGACCAAUCAGAGUAGUUGCUGAGAAGGGGCGUGGCAAGUCUUUCUCUGAUCCAGACAACAAGAAGCCUCUCUCCCAGAGCCCUCUUGGUUCUGUUUACUUGUCAGUGAGCGCCCUCAUCGUUUGCCUCAUCCUCGUAGCCAUUCUCGUUUCCAUGGUGACAGUGAUGCGGAGGCUCCAGAUUCAGAACCGGAGGUUGGGGAAGUUCGUGGGCCGCCCCGGGAUCCCGCUGGACUCCAUCACCGAUCGUUAGGAAUACUGAAGGAAAAUAAUGAACUCAGAGGUCGUUCAAUAUUGAUGUGGCUGUUUUUCAGUUUUUUUUAGUUUUUGAUUUUAUAUAAUUUCAUAUUCAUAAAAUAAGGGGGCCGUAUCAUAAAGCUGUUCGUAAGUUAAGAGCAACUUUAAGAACGACUGGUGAUUCCUUCUUACGCGCUUAACUAUCGCCAAUGAAUAUAUCAUUUACCACAAGAAAGGAUCACCAGUCGUUCUUAAAGUCGCUCUUAACUUACGAACAGCUUUAUGAAACACCCACCAGAGCUUGUGGCAGUGGAUGCUUUAUAUAGAUGGUGACACAACAUUUGUGACCUACCACCCCAAAACCACCAAUAAGUCGCCAGGUAAGGUUCUCUGUAAAUUGCCAAAUGAGUACUUUAGUCUCCAAAAUCCAAAAAUUAGAAAAAUAGCUUAUCUGAAAGAGCAAUUUUUCUUCGUCAUACUGUAAAAUUUUGAGGUCGUGAAAUUGAAUAACAAAGAAAAGAUACAAAAGUUUCUUGGACACUACUUUUUCAGGCUGCUUGGAAGUUUCACUGAGAUUACACAGUAUGCACAUCUCAUGCUUGAUUGAACGUCAAACUUCAAACCUUGUUUUCUCCUUAUUUUUUAAGCUCUUGCAGAAUUUCCUCUGCAUUCAAUCAAGUACUUGUAAUGAUUAUUGUUGGUCAAUUUUAACAUAUCAUAUAUCAUUUUAAAGCUUAGGAAAUGAAUUUUCAAGCCCAAUAAAAUUCGCAAUAUGCAUUUGGGUCGACUUAUUGUUGGUUUUGGGGUGACACAACAUUUGCUCCUGUGACCUGUGAGAGCAAAAGGUCAGAGUAAGGACUCUGGUGGAGUUUUUGGUUCAGAAUAAUGUAAAGAUAAAGAUUUGGGUUAUCUAGAUUUGGCAGUUACAUUUUUAUGUUUGCUUAAAUGUACAGAUUUUCCAUCGGAGCAAUUGUUGCUGGAGAAAAUGUCAAGGUUUUUAUGUGCCCCAUCCAUGCCUUAACCCUAAGAAGACUGAAUCAGCCCCCCCUCAACAUUUUUCGCGAUAAAUCCGCCGCUCGAAUUUUUUUGACCGCGUCGCUAGCUGACUUUUUAAUUUCAAGUCUCGCGCAACUUUUGAGACCAAAAUUGUGACCCACGGGUACGCGGUUCCGAAAUUACACAACAUUUCGUAAGUGCAUGCAGACCCAAAAUUACUAAAAAACGUGAAUUUGUGUACAAAUCUAAUGCAAAUAGUGUUUUUAGCCAAAAUUCAUAAAAUGUAUCAUUAUUUUUCCUUUUACUGCUUAAAAUCAAUUAAUUUUAUCGUGUUUAUGGUCAAAAUAAAGUCCCUAACAAUUUCCAUUGAAAAAAAUAAAAAACAAAAAGUCGAAAAACAAAGAAAUACAUAAGAAAUUUAGAAAACAAUAGAAUACAUAAGAAAAUGAAUGUGAUAUUCAAAUUUUUGAAAAAUAAAUUUGAUCAGAUGCCUAUAUUGAGUAUGUGAAACAAAAAUUAGCAUUUUAGGGGCAUUAUUUUAUUAAUUAGAGCAAACUUAAGAUUUUAUGCAUAAAUUAGCAUUUUAAUGAGCAAUGAGAUUUUUCGCAGAAUUUGAUAUUAUAGUUUUGUAGUUAAUGCCAUGGGUAACGCGCGUGCCAAUUUUCAUCGCGAUCGCGCGAUCAACAGCCGAGAUCAUAAGGGGGGGGGGGCUGAAUCAGCCCCCCAGUCUUCUUAGGCGUCGAAAUAGCCCAGUCUAUUUAGGGUUAAUAUAUAUGGAUAUAUGCCCUGGAGAAUGUUAAUGAAAAUGGUCUUGCCCUGAAAAUAAUCAAAAAUAGAAAUAGCCAACACUAAAGUAAUUCUGCUCAUAACUUGAAUAAUGAAACGAUGUUCUUUCUAUUCAUCUUGAUAGUAUUUAUUGGUAGCAAACAAAUGACAAACAAGUGUUACAUAAUAUUGAUUGACAAUGAAUUAAACAAAAACAUGAAUAAUCAUUACACCUCUUGUGUUAUACACAACAAAACAGUACUGUUUCAGGGUACCCCAGCCCAGCCGACAAGGCGAUUAAUAAAAUGAAAUGAAUGUAUAUUAAAGUGGAAAGAAGAAAAGAGGGGCUGACUAAAAAGAUUUAUUGAAAUUGGGCAAAUUCAUUCAAGAUAGUGAUUUCAUGUACACUGCAAAAACACCAGUGUUAAUUUAACACCAGCCUGGUAUCUAUAUAAGUCCACACCAGAGAAGCGUUGAAUCAACACAGGUUUGGCAUUAGGCUAACACCAAUUAGGCAUUUAAGCAACACCGAUUAGUGUUUAACCAAUAUCUGUUUGAUUCUUAACUGGUGUUGUUUCAACGCUUCUCUGGUGUAGACCACUAUAGAUACCAGGCUGGUGUUAAAUUAACAUCGUCGUUUUAGCAGUGUUUUAAAAAUUUCUUCAGAAAUUAAAACCUUGAAUAAUCUACACUGAAUCUGGGUUUCCAUAACAUUCAAAUCACACAUAACUUUUUUUACAUCAUAAUUAGCCCCUCUCCCCCAUACCUCCAGAUUUUUAGAGGAAACGUUUUGAAGUAUUUUGGCAAUUCGAUGAUCAGUGGUAAAAAAGGUCGAACUGUUUUCAAUCCAAUUUCACUGCAUAGUUUGUAUACCAUAAGGAGGCAAUGAGUUUGAUUGGAGGAUUGGUGGAGGGGGGGGGGGGUGACAUGACUUUUAAUAAGCGAUUGUCUGUUGAUUAAAUAUCCUUUUUUUAUCUUAACAUAUUUUGCUAUCAUUUCAUGUUUUAAUAAAUUAAGUAUAAUUUGGUUGUAAUUUUCUAAUUGAAGUUGUGUAAUCUGGGCAC